AUGAUUGUUAAAGGAAAUGAAUUUUUAUUUAGAAUCUACAGUGAUUGUAAUUUGGUUACUUAAGGAUCAAAAAAGAAUAUUUACCAGGAGUAAAAUACAUUUAAAUUUAUUUAGCAAUAGAAUUUAAUUGAAUAUGGAAAAUAAAGACUAUAAAAUUUUAGCCAAAACAAUUUUAAAGAGCUGA